UUGAAUCGGAUCAUCAGAGAUGCUCGUGUUUUAGAGGCAUCAGCAUCAGUUGCAGUGAAAGGAAUGAGAUCAGAGCAUCAAUGUUUCACUGGGGCAAGUGGAAGAAGAGGAUGGGCGCCAACAGUUCAUCCAAGAGACCGGUGUUCGACGACAAAGAGGAUGUGAAUUUCGAUCACUUCCAGAUCCUCCGAGCCAUCGGGAAGGGGAGUUUUGGGAAGGUGUGCAUCGUGCAGAAACGGGACACGGAGAAGAUGUACGCAAUGAAGUACAUGAACAAGCAGCAGUGUAUCGAGCGCGACGAGGUCCGGAACGUCUUCAGAGAGCUCGAGAUCCUUCAGGACAUUGAACACAUGUUUCUAGUGAAUCUCUGGUACUCGUUCCAGGAUGAAGAGGACAUGUUCAUGGUGGUUGACCUGUUGUUAGGAGGAGAUCUGCGGUAUCACCUGCAGCAGAGUGUUCAGUUCACAGAGGACGCGGUUAAACUCUACCUGUGUGAGAUGACGCUGGCGCUCGACUACCUGCAGAGUCAACACAUCAUACACAGGGACAUUAAACCCGACAACAUCCUGCUGGAUGAACAAGGUCAUGCACAUUUAACGGAUUUCAACAUCGCUACAAUAAUCAAGGACGGCGAGCGAGCCACAGCCUUAGCGGGAACCAAACCUUACAUGGCCCCAGAGAUCUUCCAGUCAUUCGUGAGUGGAGGAACAGGUUAUGCAUUAGAGGUGGACUGGUGGUCGUUGGGCGUGACGAUUUUCGAGGUGCUGCGAGGUUGGAGGCCGUACGAUAUUCACGGCAGUAACUCCGUUGAGUCUCUUCUGCAGUUGUUCAGUACAGUCAGUGUUCAGUACAGCUCAACAUGGCACAAAGAUCUCAUCGCUCUGCUGAGAAAGUUAUUAACUGUAAACCCAGAGCAUCGCUUCAGUAGUCUGGCUCAAAUGCAGACGGCGCCCUACCUCUCCGAUGUCAGCUGGGACGAUGUGUUCGAGAAGAAGAUGGAACCCGGCUUUGUUCCCAAUAAAGGUCGUCUCCAUUGUGACCCGACCUUCGAACUGGAAGAGAUGAUUCUGGAGUCUCGUCCACUUCAUAAAAAGAAAAAACGACUCGCCAAAAACCGCUCGAGAGACAACAGCAAAGAUUCACAGUCUGAGAACGAGUAUCUUCAGGAGUGCCUUGAUGUCGUCCAGCAGGAAUUCAUGAUCUUCAACCGUGAGAAAUUGAAGCGUCGUCAGGAGGAGGGCGGGAUAGGAGUGGACGGCGAAGUAGCAGAAGGAGAUCCAGACGGGGAGGGCGAUGAAGCUGAAGGAGGAACAGAAGAUGAAGAGGCCGAGCUGGAACCUGAGACCUCCAAACUGAGCAUGUGCGGUUCAGUGUGCUCAUCUCCUGGAAGCUGCUAG